AUUAGGUAUACCAACUAGUUUCAUAAAACAAAAUCCUACUUGUGAUACAGAAUAUGGGUUCGAUUAUUACAAAUGGUUAAUUUGGAUAGAUGUCAUCGAAAUCAAAUUUCUUAAAGAAGCAUGAAUUUUAUAAUUGUUUAUUUAGAGCUAAAAAUAUUAGUAUUUGCAUAGUACUAUUUUUAUCAACAACCUACUGUGAAAAAAAAAAACUAGAUUUCAGUAGAGGAAGAAAUCAGGAAGAAGCUCUGGAAGUGGAUAGAACACACAGUGAGGAAACUUCCAACUGUUUCACAAGGCAAGCCCUCACUUGGAAUCCUCAAGGCCAAGGGAGGAGAGUAAGACCAAAGAACACAUUACGCCGAGAAAUGGAGACAGACAUUAGAAGGAUGAACAACAAUUGGAUAGAACUAUAAAGGAAGGCCCAGGACAGAAUGGGUUGGAGAAUGCUAGUCGGCGGUCUAUGCUCCAUUAGGAGUAACAGGCGUAAUUAUCUAUGGAAAUAUUACUACAAUUAAAUCAACUAGGACUUUUAAUCAAGUUGUUGAUAUUCGAAAAAUUAGGUCACUUUGAAUGAUUGAAAGCUAGAAUCACUAGUGAAUAGUGAUGGCUGUUCGGAACUGUUAAAUGCUUCCAUAUUUAAAAAAUAAUAAUAAGUAGAAUCAUUAAACAACCUCAGAUGUCAAUCAUCUUUGUAAUUUAUCUCUUUCGCCACUC